GAUUUGAAGUUGAACGGGAUACAACGAUAGAAGCAUGGGAGGAGGCAACGGUCGAGUUCCGCCGGCGGAGCAUUCCUCGAGCGCCGAAUGUCCGCCAUCUCCAAUUACUCACCGUCGACCGAAGAAGCGAAAACGGAACCGAGAAACCGAAACUCUGAAUACAGCCACCGGUGCACUCAAUCUACCGAGGCCGAAUCGCUCCAAUAAGUACAAUAAUCGUAGUACUUUGAAGUCCUCCAGUCCAUAUGGUUCUCGCAAAUGGUUAUCCUCCUCUCGCAAUUGUGAUCCUUUUACAGAUAGAAUUAUUUUCAUGUCAUACAAUAUACUAGGCACUCAAAAUGCUACAAAUCAUCCAGAUUUGUAUGCCAAGGUCUUGCCUAAGUAUUUGGAUUGGAACCGUCGCAAAAGUCUGUUGUAUAAAGAAAUUGGUUGUUACAAUGCAGACAUCAUGUGUCUCCAGGAAAGUAUAUUAUCUAUCGGAAUAUUUCCUAAUUAUGCAAAAAUGCACAUUCUUUUGAACGCACGGGUGAUUCAUGUGAUGGCUGUGCAAUAUUCUGGAAAGACAAAUUGUGAGAUAUCUCAUUCUGUACCUGCAACAAUGAAGUUAAUUCUUGCAUGUAGGUUUACCCUUUUACACCAAGAGAACAUGGAGUUUGACAAGUUUGGCCUUCGUAAUAAUGUUGCUCAGUUUUGUGUGUUAAAGAUAAAACAAAGGAAAUCAAGGUCCAAUAUAGAUAAUCAAAUAUCAUCGGCUCAUUUCCCUCGGGUAUUACUUGUUGGAAAUAUUCAUGUUCUUUUCAACCCAAGACGAGGAGACAUUAAACUUGGACAGAUGAGAUUGUUUCUUGAGAAAGCAUAUGAAUUAUCACAAGAAUGGGGAAAAAUUCCAGUUAUCCUUGGUGGGGAUAUGAAUAGCAUGCCAAAGAGUGCAAUGUACAAGUUUCUGGCAUCAGCUGAGCUAGAUCUCCUGCUAAAUGACCGGAAAAACAUAUGUGGUCAGAUAGAUGCAUCAGAGUCCAGAGCAUUUCAAUCUAAUAAUUAUCAUCAAGCUAGGAACUAUCACAUGUGCAGCUCUUGGAAUUCUGCUUGGAGGAUGCAUUCAAAUAGAUGGAGUGACGAAGAGCUACGGAAUGCUACAGGGUCUCAAGUAACUCAGCUUCAGCACCCUUUGAGACUCCAAAGUGCGUACUCAGGAGUUCAUGGAAACUCAAGAACAAGAGAUAAGUGUGGAGAACCUUUAGCGACAUCUUAUCACUCCAAGUUCAUGGGCACUGUUGACUACAUAUGGCAUAGUCAAGGGAUUGUACCUGUAAGAGUUCUUGAGACCUUACCUCUUGAUGUACUAAGAAAAAUGGGUGGAUUGCCAUGUAAGAAAUGGGGAAGUGAUCAUCUGGCUCUUGUAUGUGAGCUUGCCUUCGUUGAUGACGAUGAGACAUGAUUUAUUCAGGCUUCAAUAUCUCUUCUGUUGUUUUCCUUCUCCUCAAGGGGUGGUUGUAUUCUUACCAAAAUUAUUCAGGUAAAUGGAUAGAAUUUACAACUCACUACCUUAAAAUUUUGAAGACUUUUGACACAGUUUGCCCUGAAAGCUUCGAUGUUCAUUUGGGCAUAAAUAUAACAUGUGUACAUUAUGGCAACAUAAGUUUCUUAUGUCUGUCUUGUGACAAAACGUUUCAAUAAUUGCAAUAUUAUUUUUAAG